UAUGGAUAUUGCAAGUUCUUAAUACACAGACAUUACUCAAAAAUUUCUAUCUAAAGUACACAUUAAACUUGUUGCAAUCAAAAGAGAAUAACCAAAUUGUAUUAAGGAUCUUUAUUUUAAUUAGAAUUUCUACUUACAGCCAAACUUGCCAAGGAGAAAGUAGAUACAGCAAAUGAAAGACUCUAAGAAUUUCAUACUAGUAUAAAUUGAUCUUAUUAUUUAAGCAUCUCAAUCUACAGGGCUCUUUAAUGAUUAAGACUAUAAAUUGAAUACACUACUAUCUUAAGUUAAAGAUGAUAUUAGUUAAAUACAUAUACAUCUAAAUCAACUAAAAACAUAAUUGAAUAAUGAUUUACAUUAAUCAAUUUUUGAUUUUGUUUAACAAAAAGCUUUAAAAACAUCUGAUUAAUUUAAAAAGGUAUUUGAUUUAUACAUUAAAAUUAUAGUUGUUAUAGAGUCAUACAUAAAGAAUCAAAUAAUAGGAAGAAAAAAGGAAUAGAUUGAAUGGAGAAAGGGAUAGAGUAAUUAAGAGAGUAGGAUUUAAUCAAAAAUACUAAAAAUUAAAUGAGACUGAAGAAGAAACUAAUCAUUAAACAAUAUAAAUGUUUGAAUAAAAGUAGAAUGAGGAAAAAUUGGUAUCCAUGUAGAAGAUAGAGUCUAUGUUAAAUGAUAUUGCUGGAGUAUUUCAAAGAGUUGGAACAAUGGUUAGACUAUAAGAAACUAUGAUUGAAAGAAUAGAUAAAUACACAGAUGAGGCAUAAGUGAAUGUUAGCAAAGGACGUAAAGAAUUAUAAGAAUCACAUAAAAGAAUAAGUUCUAAUAGAGGGUUAAUCCUAAAGGUUUUUUUAAUAUUGUUUAUUUUUGCUUUUAUCUACAUUGUAUUUGUUUUAUGA